CGCUUUAAAAUCGGCCUCGCGUCUCGUCGUCUCACUUCACUCGUAGAGUUCGAGCUGGUCACGAGCAGCAGCGCAGAGCUGAGCUGAGCUGAUCAGUGUAGCUGACAAAGUGUAGCCAUGGGAUGGGGGAUCAGGAGGCAGCCGCAGCAGCAAGCGGCGGCGGCGGCGGAGCGAGGGGGAGGAGGUAAGGGGAAGGCGGCGGCGUUCUCGUUCUCGCCGCUGUCGUGGAUCGCCAAGCUGACGGCGAGGUCGUCGCACGGGAAGUGCGGCGGUGCCAAGCACGCGCCGGCGGCGUCCAUGGCGGGGCCUUCUUGUCGUCUCCCCAAGCGCGCCGCCGCCGCCGCCGCGAGCUCGAGCUCGGUGGUGGCGGCGGUCGACGACGUCGCCGCGGGGAGGUCCAGCCCGCCGCGCCGCUCACCCGUGGACGUCGCCCCGCGGCGGCUGUCCGUUGGCAAUGACAGUGCCGAGGCCGUGGCGCGGCGGCUCUGCCAGCAACAACGCCGCCGCCGCCGCCACUGCUCCCUCGGCGGCGACCGUGACCUCCCGCCGCUCGGCCACCUGAUCCCCUUCUCCCUCGCAGGCUCCCCAGCUUCCCAGCCACCGGAGAACGCCGCUGCCGCCGCCGCCGGCGGCGCGACACCGUCAGACACCGACGCCGGGGCCAAGCUGCGGACGCGACGCCACCGGCGCCGCGCGCACCGCCGCCGCCGCAGCAGCCUGGGCGGGAGCGGCAGGCGGUCGUUCUCCGUGUCCGGGAGGAUGCCGGCGGUCCGGAUACGGCCACCGCGCGCGGCCGCCUCGGCGCCGGAGCUGGAGAGGCUGGCGGUGGUGCGGCGCACGCGCGACCCGCAGCGGGCGUUCCGGGAGUCGAUGGUGGAGAUGAUCGCGAGCAGCGGCGGGAGCAUCGCGGCGCGGCCGGAGGAGCUGGAGCGGCUGCUGGCGUGCUACCUCGCCCUCAACGCCGACGAGCACCACGACUGCAUCGUCAAGGUGUUCCGCCAGGUCUGGUUCGAGUACAUCAACCUCCACCUCCACCUCUCCCGCCGCCGACGAGCUCGCCAUUGCUGACGCACUGUGUCGGUCAGCUCCCCUGUUUGCGUGACACGUGUCCUCGUUAGCUGCUAGAUUCCGAUCAAAAUCUUGCUCAAAUGCUCAUUAGCUGCAGCUAAUGGUGAAUGAAAUGCACGUGGAUUUGAGGUGUUCUUGUACAGUGGAUCUAAAUAUGUGUAUUUUGAAUUUGUUAUCAAAUGGAGGGGAGACGGAAAAAAACAGGGUUUCGA